GUUGCUCAAACGCUGCGUCAGUCGGUCGAUCAGUGGCGAGCCUCUAAGCAAGUCGUACGGUUCAUUCUGGUUCGCGCAACGAGCUCCAUACAAAGAGAGCGAGAGCGCCGCAGAGCGCCAGAGAGUGAGAGCGCAAGACAGCGUGAGAGCAUAGGUCGUUUGUAUAAGUACAUUUGUUUGUGUACAGAGAGACACGUUCGCUGGGACCGGUUGAAGAAGCGAACAACAAAGAUCAAAUGAUCAGUGAAAAGAAAUUGAGGCGACGCGUCAUCACGCCGACCUCAGAAGCCAGCAAUGCGGACCCACUGCUGGCGGGUCGGCAGCUGCACCUGGUAGACGACGAGCAAGCCAACUGCUGCGAACGAGCUUUUAUCAGCCGCGAGAAGAUCAAAUGGUAUUGGGCGCCCGGCUUCAUCCUGUUCUGGCUGCUCAUCUACUGUGCCAUAUCCAUACCGGCCGCCAAUCACCUGCCACGCCCGCUCAGCAUCAAGGAUGAGGCCAAGAAUCCGGAACGCUUCAUCGCCGAGCGCGCCGAGCUGAAUCUGCAGCGUCUGGUGGCCCUGGGUCCGCGCGUGGUGGGCAGCCGCGAAAAUGAAAUGGGAUCCGUUCAGGUGAUCACGUCCACCAUGCAAAAGGUGCGCGCCGAGCUGGGCUCUGUCCAUGACAUCGAAGUGGAUGUGCAGGUGGCCUCCGGCAGCUACAUCCACUGGGAAGCCGUCAAUAUGUACCAGAGCAUACAGAACUUUGUGGUCAAGAUCAGUCCAAAGGGCUCCAAUAGCACCACCUACGUCCUCAUCAACAGCCACUACGACUCGGUGCCGGCGGGCCCCGGCGCUGGCGAUGAUGGCUCCAUGGUGGCCGUCAUGCUGGAGACUCUGCGCGUGCUGGCCAAAUCGAAGUAUGCCCUCAAGCAUCCGGCUGUCUUCCUGUUCAACGGCGCCGAGGAGAAUCCGCUGCAGGCCUCGCACGCCUUCAUCACGCAGCACAAGUGGGCCAAGAACUGCAAGGCGCUGAUCAACUUGGACUCGGCUGGCAAUGGCGGUCGCGAGAUUCUCUUCCAGUCCGGCCCCAAUCACCCGUGGCUCAUGAAGAGCUAUCGACGCGCCAUCAAGCACCCGUACGCCUCGACCAUGGCCGAGGAGAUGUUCCAACACAACUUCAUACCCUCCGACACGGACUUUCGCGUAUUCCGCGAUCAUGGCGCUGUGCCCGGCCUGGACAUGGCCUACCAGCACAAUGGCUAUGUCUACCACACCCGGUUCGAUCGUGCGGAGAUCUUUCCACGCGGCAGCUUCCAGAAUACCGGCGACAAUCUCCUGGCUCUGAUCCGCGAGAUAUCCAGUGCGCCGGAGCUUGAGGAUACUUCGAAACACGCCGAGGGACACACCGUUUACUACGAUGUGAUGGGCUGGUUCUUGGUCUUCUAUACCGAAACGGAGGGCAUCAUUCUCAAUGUGGUCGUGGCCAUAGGCGCGAUUGUGGCCUGUGUCGUUGCCAUCAUGCUCAUGGCCAAGAACUCUGGCCUCAAGCUCGGCCAAGUGCUCAAGCGCACGCUGCACACCUUCGGCAUGCUCAUCCUGGGCGUGAUCGCAGGCCUCGCACUGCCCAUUAUCAUUGCCGUGUUCAUGGAUCUGGUGCAUUUACCGCUCUCCUGGUUCACCCAGAAUUGGCUCAUCCUGGGCCUCUACUUCUGUCCCUUCUUCUUUGGCUUGGCCAUUGUGCCCGCUCUCUACUUCCACUACACCUCGACUGAUCGACUGCCCAUUGGACAGCGUGUGCAGCUGUUGUUGCACUGCCAUUGCCUCUUCCUGGCGCUGCUCACCCUGGUGCUGACCAUCUGCAGCAUCCGCUCGGCAUUUGUGUUCAUGCUGACCUGCCUCUUCUACACGGUGGGCGUGGUCUUCAAUCUGUCCACCAGUCUGCAUAGCCGCAACGUUGCCUGGAUCAUUCCGCACAUCGUUUGCUAUGUGCCUCCCUUUGUGUUCUUUGCCUACUUCUCGCACGGCUUCCUGGCCACUUUUAUUCCGAUGCUGGGUCGCUUUGGCGACUCAGCCAAUCCGGACCUGAUCAUAGCCGUCUUCAGCGCUGCUGUGGGUCUGCUUGUCGCCGGCUUCAUCGUGCCCAUGCUGCACAUGUUCCGCAAAUCCAAGACGAUCAUUUGCGCUCUGCUGGGCAUCACCUUGGUGUGCAUCAUCAUUGCUGUCACCCCCUUGGGCUUCCCCUACCGGCCGGAGACAAGUGUGCAACGCUUUGCAGUAUUGCACGCCCAGCGCACCUUCCACGAUGCGAAUAACAAUGUGCGCCGCUCCGAAUCGGGUUACUUCAUCAUGCCACAGGACAGACGCACCUACUCCGUUAAAAAUAAGGUCAUCAACAUGACCCUGGCCAGAUCUGUGAAAGAUGAGUGCAAAAAGGAGACCCUCUGCGGCUUUCCAUUAUACAACAUGCGCUGGCACAAGACCAGAGAACGUGGCUUGUGGAUUCCUGCCUCGGCGCCUGUUCUGAGCCAACUGCCAGUGGUUAAGGUUGUUUCCAAGAAGCAGCUGACGGCCAAUAAGAUGCGCUUCGAAAUGGAGCUCAGUGGCCCGGAUCACAUGGGCAUCGUCAUACAGCCGCUGAAUGGCGCUCGAGUCGUUGGCUGGUCCAUCCACCAGGCGCCGCUCCGCCUGAACUAUAAGCCACCUUAUUACAUCUACUUCUCCUAUGGCGUCAAUGGAGAUGCACUGAAAUUCUGGCUGGAGCUCGAGAAACCCAAUGGCAACUGGACGACAUCUACGUUCGAGCUGGGCCUGCAUGGCCAUUGGAUUCACCACAAGGAAUUGCAUACAGCUGACUUUAAGAAAUUCCUCGACAGCUUCCCCAGCUACGUGGAUGCAACGCCCUGGCCGGCGUCCUAUGAGACGUGGUUAUACUAAAACGAUUUGAGCUGUUUUAUACAACAUUUAUUAUAUAUAUGAGUAAUUGUA